AUGGAACAAGAGCCCGCUCUUCAAAACAAGUCCCACAAAAAGACAAGUGUCUCCACUCCUAGUGAACCAUCAAUCAUUGAAGAGAAAAGUUCCCUUCACCGCCGUUCGCCGUCCGCAGCCCUCAGGCACCACUCAAAGGGAGACAAAGUCCAUGGCAUGGAAUCAUCAAAGAGAGAAGGAACGGAAAUACCGCAUAACCCUGCCACAUGGAAGAGCUCAGGUACCUCGAUCAUCCCAAACUUGAGCAAGUUGCUGUUCCGCUCGACUGGCGCAGAUAGUCAGCAGCAGCUAGAAGGGCGGGGACGGUCCGAACAGUCUCGCAGUGGACCUGAUUCCUGCAACCAGCACCAAGCUUCACCUGGCGGCUUCGCAAGUGGAGAAUCUGUCGAACCUCCUGUACCUCACAAGCCCGUUACAGCUCGCCAGGCGAGAGAUAGUGAGAGUGACAAGAGAGCAGUUCGAGCAUCGGAAAAAGACAUGCAAUGCAGCAUUCAUAUGCUUACUAGAGAAAAUGAUCGACUCAAGCAGGAACUUGGAGACCAGCAUGAGGUGAUGGCCAUUCGUGAAAGCGAAUAUAUCGAUCAUAUCACAAGUCUGGAAAGUGAGCUGAGAAAGUUAAGAGCCGAGAAAGAGGACUUGUCGCAAAACUUAGAGAGCUGCAAAGACCGCAUCUUCAAUAUGCUGCCGGUGGAAGGGAUGGCCGAUACUCAACUGCAAAGUCAAUACACCACUUUGUGCAAAACUAUCGAGUAUUGGUUGGACAACCAGUUUGAUGACGCGGAAGACUUCAUCGGUACCCUUGCAUGGGUCGGAAAAUCCGAAGAUCGAAGAAACCUGGUGAGCGAGUAUCUUCCGCAAAGAUAUCUGACACUCGCUGGAGAGGACCGAAACGUUCAGAUUCCAAUAAUGCAGGUGUUGGUCGCCCGUUACUUGCAUCAGAAUCUGCUUGAAAAGGACAGAAUCUUCCCAGGCCUGGACCCCUCCACAGAAGCAUGUCUGGGAAUGGUCAUUGAUGGGCUGCACGCUCUGAACCCUGCGAAAGAUAAGGAUGCUAUCCUGAUGUGGGCCGUUGACCUGCAACGAGCUUUCAACACAAAUGAACGUUUCAAAGAGCAGCGCCAGAAGAAAUUGAGCGAGAUUGAGGCCGUCAUUAUGCACUGUCCGAUGCUCUUGAAGGAGAUGGGGCUUCACGGCCGUUCCAAUGAUCCCGUGAUAUGUCGUGAAAUUGUCAAAGAAGCAGCAGAUCUGGCCAACAACAUCCGGCAGUCGAUGGCCGAAUAUGCAUUCGACUUCAGGGUCGGUUCUGCAGUACUCUUCGAGGAGAAAGUCAAAAAUUUCACGGUUAUUGAUUGCGGGACUGGUUCCACACUGAGUUCUUCGGCAGUGCCAAUUCCAGGUCCAGAUGGUAGAGUUGGUGAGAUUCUUUUUCUUGUAUAUCCUGCCUUUGUGCGCAAAUCUACAGGUUCUAGCAAGGAAAUUGUUCUCGUCAAACCCACCAUUCUGGUGAAAUUCGAUCAACCAGUUCCUCGUGGGAAAAGAAGCAAGUCGUCUCAUUGA